GACUCUACUCCAAUCCACUUACCUAUUCUCUUCCUCUUCCUCUCUCAUCGCAAACCCCCAGUCUUCGUCUCCUCCACAAGCCGUCGCUCUCGCCUUCAUCGCCCUCCCCGAAUCUCCAAUCUCCCUCCCUCGAAUAUAGCGAGAGAGGAUCCAUAGAGAGAGUUAGUAAACAUAUACAUAGAGAGAGAAAGUGAUGGAUUCAGAUCAGGGAAAGUUGUUCAUCGGAGGUAUUUCUUGGGAGACGUCUGAGGAUGUGUUGAAGGAUUAUUUUGGGAACUACGGUGAGGUUUCUCACACCGUGGUGAUGAGGGACAAGCUCACUGGCAAGCCCAGAGGGUUCGGAUUCGUGGUCUUCGCAGAUCCUUCGAUUCUUGAUAGGGUUCUUGAGGAGAGACACAUUAUUGACGGACGAACGGUUGAGGCUAAGAGGGCCUUAUCAAGAGAGGAACAGCAGACAUCCUCCAGAACUGGAAACACUAACACUGCUAGAAACUUCGGAGGUGGUGGGAGCUUCAGGACCAAGAAGAUAUUUGUUGGAGGAUUGCCUCCCACUUUGACCGAGGAUGGAUUUCGCCAGUACUUUGAAGCGUAUGGUAGUGUUACUGAUGUAGUAGUGAUGUAUGACCAGAGUACCAACCGACCUCGUGGAUUUGGUUUUAUUUCCUUUGAUGCUGAAGAUGCCGUUGACAGGGUUCUGCACAAGACCUUUCAUGAUAUAAAUGGUAAGCAAGUGGAAGUGAAGCGGGCUCUUCCUAAAGAUGCCAACCCUGGUGGCGGUGGUCGUUCCAUGGGUGGGGGUGGGGGAGGGGGUGGCGGCGGCGGUGGAGGAGGAGGAGGUUAUCAGGGUUACGGUGCAUCUGAUGGUCGAAUAGAUUCCAACAGGUACAUGCAGACUCAAAAUGCUGGGGGUGGUUAUCCACCUUAUGGUUCUUCUGGGUAUGGUGCAUCUAGUUAUGGGUAUGCUCCUGCUAAUAGUGGCAUUGGUUAUAGUGGUUAUGGUGGUUAUGAUGGCACAAAUCCUGGGUACGGUGGGCCUGCUGGUGCAGCUUAUGGAAACACUCCAAAUGCUGGUUAUGGAAGUGCUCCACCAGGUGCACCAAGAAGUUCAUGGAAUACUCAGGCUCCUUCUGGAUAUGGUAGUGUGGGCUAUGGGAAUGCAGGGUAUGGGAAUACUCAAUCUCUGAGCGGAGCUGCUGGUUAUGGUUAUGGUGGGUAUGGAGGAAGUGAUGGUUCUUAUGGAAAUCCAGCUGCAUAUGGUGCUGUUGGUGGGCGUACUGGGAGUGGCACAAAUAGCAAUGUUUCUACUGGUGCGGGCGAGCUACAAUCAAGUGGUGGGGGCUAUGGGGGAGGUGGCUAUGGUAAUGGCAAUGGGAACUCAGGGUAUGGAAAUACAGGUUGGAGAUCUGAUGCCUUGUAAGCUUCUGGGGAAAAAUGGGACUCAAGCAAAUGGACCUCAUGGUGGGCGAGUUGGACUUGACCAAGUUCAACAGCAGAGAUUUUGAUGAUACCCUGGGACUUCAUCUUUGCUCUGGUGAUGUAUUUCAGGUGGCAGAGGGGAUGGCUCUUUUAUGCACAUGUUGCGACUGGUUGGAUUGCUUGAAUUCCAGUAGUUUGAAGUAUCUAUUUUUAUAACUAGUAUUUUUGAGGAGUAUAUUUACCUUUUCUUUAGCGUUUGCUUUGAAGUGUAGUUUUAAAUUUGACAUGUUGUGUCUGCUAGCUAUUUGAAGAUUUUGCUUAUCAUAGUGUUUAAGCUACAGCAGCUUAUAUUGAACUUCUUUAAUGUUCUUUAGUUA